GAGAAGAGCCUUGGAGCUGUUUUCUCCUUGAUGCCAGGCUACGCCAAGCGAGGAGCACGCUCCUCUUCUCACAGUCAUCCACCAAGAACAGGCCUGCAGGACGUGGGGACCAAGACUAGAGCUUUGCCGUGCCCUGGCCACGCCCUGCCACCUGUCGGCAUGGAUUGUGCUGGCAACUGAGCAUUGCCUGAGAGGCGGGGAGCACCAGCAUGGUUCACCCUGUUGGCUGCCCUCAGCCACCCCGCUGCUGAAGCUGCCCUGGAGAGACUCGUGUGGGCUGCUCUGCCCACGCUCACCCAGGCCAUGGGGCCAGGGGCCUGCCAAGGCUAGGAGUGAGGCCUGCCGUUCAUGGGUCUCUAGGGAUUUCUGAGAUGCCUGGGAAGAGAGGCUGGGGUUGGUGGUGGGCCCGGCUGCCCCUUUGCCUGCUCCUUAGCCUUUAUGGCCCCUGGGUGCCUUCCUCCCUGGGGAAGCCCAAGGGCCACCCCCACAUGAAUUCCAUCCGCAUAGACGGGGACAUCACACUGGGAGGCCUGUUCCCAGUGCACGGCCGGGGCUCAGAGGGCAAGGCCUGCGGAGAACUUAAGAAAGAAAAGGGCAUCCACCGCCUGGAGGCCAUGCUCUUUGCUCUGGAUCGCAUCAACAAUGACCCGGACCUGCUGCCCAACAUCACGCUGGGCGCCCGCAUUCUGGACACCUGCUCCAGGGACACCCAUGCCCUCGAGCAGUCUCUGACCUUUGUGCAGGCGCUCAUCGAGAAGGACGGCACAGAGGUCCGCUGUGGCAACGGUGGCCCGCCCAUCAUCACCAAGCCUGAACGCGUGGUGGGUGUCAUCGGUGCUUCAGGGAGCUCCGUCUCCAUCAUGGUGGCCAACAUCCUUCGCCUCUUCAAGAUCCCCCAGAUCAGCUACGCCUCCACAGCCCCCGACCUGAGUGACAACAGCCGCUAUGACUUCUUCUCCCGCGUGGUGCCCUCGGACACGUACCAGGCCCAGGCCAUGGUGGACAUCGUCCGUGCUCUCAAGUGGAACUACGUCUCCACGCUGGCCUCGGAGGGCAGCUACGGCGAGAGUGGCGUGGAGGCCUUCAUCCAGAAGUCCCGGGAGGACGGGGGCGUGUGCAUCGCCCAGUCGGUGAAGAUACCGCGGGAGCCUAAGACCGGGGAGUUUGACAAGAUCAUCCGGCGCCUCCUGGAGACCUCGAACGCCAGGGCUGUCAUCAUCUUUGCUAAUGAGGAUGACAUCAGGCGUGUGCUGGAGGCGGCACGGAAGGCCAACCAGACGGGCCACUUCUUCUGGAUGGGCUCGGACAGCUGGGGCUCCAAGAUCGCACCUGUGCUGCACCUGGAGGAGGUGGCCGAGGGCGCUGUCACUAUCCUCCCCAAGAGGAUGUCCGUCCGAGGCUUUGACCGCUACUUCUCCAGUCGCACGCUGGACAACAACCGGCGCAACAUCUGGUUUGCCGAGUUCUGGGAGGACAACUUCCACUGCAAGCUGAGCCGCCACGCGCUCAAGAAGGGCAGCCACGUCAGGAAGUGCACCAACCGCGAGCGAAUCGGGCAGGACUCAGCAUACGAGCAGGAGGGGAAGGUGCAGUUUGUGAUCGAUGCCGUGUACGCCAUGGGCCACGCGCUGCACGCCAUGCACCGCGACCUGUGUCCAGGCCGUGUGGGGCUCUGCCCACGCAUGGACCCUGUGGAUGGCACCCAGCUGCUCAAGUACAUCCGCAGUGUCAACUUCUCAGGCAUUGCGGGGAACCCCGUGACCUUCAAUGAGAAUGGAGACGCGCCCGGGCGCUACGACAUCUACCAGUACCAGUUGCGCAACGGCUCUGCCGAGUACAAGGUCAUCGGCUCCUGGACUGACCACCUGCACCUCAGAAUAGAGCGGAUGCACUGGCCGGGGAGUGGGCAGCAGCUGCCCCGCUCCAUCUGCAGCCUGCCCUGCCAGCCGGGCGAGCGGAAGAAGACGGUGAAGGGCAUGCCCUGCUGCUGGCACUGCGAGCCCUGCACUGGGUACCAGUACCAGGUGGACCGCUACACCUGUAAGACGUGUCCCUACGACAUGCGGCCCACAGAGAACCGCACGGGCUGCCGGCCCAUCCCCAUCAUCAAGCUUGAGUGGGACUCACCCUGGGCCGUGCUACCCCUCUUCCUGGCCGUGGUGGGCAUCGCUGCCACGCUCUUCGUGGUGGUCACCUUCGUGCGCUACAAUGACACGCCCAUCGUCAAGGCCUCGGGCCGCGAGCUGAGCUAUGUGCUGCUGGCGGGCAUCUUCCUGUGCUACACCACCACCUUCCUCAUGAUCGCUGAGCCCGAUCUGGGCACCUGCUCUCUGCGCCGCAUCUUCCUGGGGCUGGGCAUGAGCAUCAGCUACGCGGCCCUGCUCACCAAGACCAACCGCAUCUACCGCAUCUUCGAGCAGGGCAAGCGGUCGGUCAGCGCCCCGCGCUUCAUCAGCCCCGCCUCGCAGCUGGCCAUCACCUUCAGCCUCAUCUCCCUGCAGCUGCUGGGCAUCUGCGUGUGGUUUGUGGUGGACCCCUCCCACUCGGUGGUGGACUUCCAGGACCAGCGGACGCUCGACCCCCGCUUCGCCAGGGGUGUGCUCAAGUGCGACAUCUCGGACCUGUCGCUCAUCUGCCUGCUGGGCUACAGCAUGCUGCUCAUGGUCACGUGCACUGUGUACGCCAUCAAGACACGCGGUGUGCCCGAGACCUUCAACGAGGCCAAGCCCAUUGGCUUCACCAUGUACACCACCUGCAUCGUCUGGCUCGCCUUCAUCCCCAUCUUCUUCGGCACCUCGCAGUCAGCAGACAAGCUGUACAUCCAGACAACGACGCUGACGGUCUCGGUGAGUCUGAGCGCCUCGGUGUCCCUGGGGAUGCUCUACAUGCCCAAGGUCUACAUCAUCCUCUUCCACCCGGAGCAGAACGUGCCCAAGCGCAAGCGCAGCCUCAAAGCCGUCGUCACCGCUGCCACUAUGUCCAACAAGUUCACGCAGAAGGGCGGCUUCCGGCCCAAUGGCGAGGCCAAGUCCGAGCUCUGCGAGAACCUCGAGGCCCCGGCGCUGGCCACCAAACAGACCUACGUCAGCUACACCAACCAUGCAAUCUAGCUGGGCCGCCGGAGCCGACCAGGAGGAGGAGGAACCGAGGCCCUUGUGGAUGGCAUGUCGGGCCAGGGCCACUCCCAGGGGCCUAGCUGAUGUCCUGCCUGCCCGUGGGCGCCCACGGACGUGGCUUGGUGCUGAGGACAGCAGAGCCCCGGCGGUCACUGCUGGGCAGCCUGGGCAAGCUGGGCAGGUGACAGAGGAGGAUGAGGGGCGGGGUAGCUUCACGCCACCCCAGGAGCCCGCGUCUUGGACCACGGCCCCUCCCAGCCCCAAACCACAGGGGCUCAGGGUGUGAGGGCCCAAGUGCUGGUUUUCUGUCUCCCUCCGUCUCUGCCUGCCCCACUGGUGACCUCUCAGUCUGUCUCCAUCCCCAUCUUCAUUUUCUCAUUUCUUUGUGUCGCUGCCUUUUUUCUCUGUGUGUCUCUGUCCCUCUGCACUCUCUGCUUUUUCUGCGUCGUCUUCUUUCUGCUUCUGCCUCCCCUCAGUCUCCAUCUCCAGGUCUCUCCCGUUUUUCUCUUGUGAUCCACCUGGGUCUCUCCUCUUGUGCAUUUUUCUUCCUGUCCUCGGCCCCCUCCUCGCCUUCACUUACAUCCAGCCUUUGCUCCCUUUCCCGGCCAUCCUUUCCUAAUUCACCAAAUCGUACAUGUCACAAAAGAGAAAAAAGGAAAAAAAAAAAUCAAAACACAAAAAAGCCAAAACAAAAAUCUCAAGUGUGUUGCAAAGUGCUGCGUCCUCCUGGUGGCCUCUGUGUGUGUCCCCGUGGCCCGCAGCCUGCCCGCCUGCCCCCGCCCGUCUGCCGUGUGUCCUGCCCGCCUGCCCCUCCUGCCGAUGACACGGAGUUCAGUGCCUGGGUGUCUGGUGAUGGUUACUGAUGACAAUGUGUAGCGCAUGAUUGUUUUUAUACCAAGAACAUUUCUAAUAAAAAUAAA